AUGCUCAAGAAGGAUGAGGACGUCAAGAAAACAGCCUCGGAGAAGGCGCCAGACCAAGGCUGGAAACUACAGGUGUUCUACCUCUGCUUCUACGGCUUCAUGACGCAGAUCCGGCCCGGGGAGAGCUUCAUCACCCCCUUUCUCCUGGGGCCUGACAAGAACUUCACACAGGUGACCAACAUGAUCAUGCCGGUGCUGAGCUACUCCUACAUGGCCGUGCUGGUGCCCGUCUUCCUGCUUACGGACUACUUGCGCUACAAGCCCGUGCUGGUGCUGCAGAGCCUGAGCCACAUCUCCAUCUGGCUGCUGCUGGUGUUGGGCACCUCCAUCCUGGCCAUGCAGCUGAUGGAGUUCUUCUACGGCGUCACCAUGGCCGCCCGCAUCGCCUACUCCUCCUACAUCUUCUCCCUGGUGGCCCCGUCCCGCUACCAGCGCAUGGCCAGCUACUCCCGCUCCGCCGUCCUGCUGGGCGUCUUCACCAGCUCGGUGCUGGGCCAGCUCUGCGUCACCGUGGGCAGAGUCCCCUUCCGCACCCUCAACUACGUCUCCUUGGGCUUCGUCAGCUUCGGCCUCCUCCUCACCCUCUUCCUCGAGCGGCCCCGGCGCAGCCUGUUCUUCAACCGGUCCGAGGGGGCUGGGGAUGGUGCUGCGCCCACCGAGCUGGACAAGAUGGCUGGGAGGGACAGGGGAAGGGGGGCACAGGGCUGGAGGGAAGCGGCGCUGUUCCGGAUGCUGCGGGAAGUGGGAGCCUUGUCCCGGCAGCCCCAGCUCCGGCUCUGGUCCUUGUGGUGGGUCUUCAACUCGGCUGGUUACUACCUGAUGCUGUACUACGUGCACAUCCUCUGGAACGAGAUCUACCCCGCCAGGGACAACAGCCGGGUGUACAACGGAGGGGUGGACGCCGCCUCCACGCUGCUGGGGGCUGUCACCUCCUUCGCCGCCGGCUACGUGAAGAUCCGCUGGACGCUGUGGUCGGAGCUGGUCAUCGGGGUGGUGACAGCUUUCCAGGCGGGGCUGCUCCUGCUCAUGAACACCACCAGCAAUAUCUGGCUGUGCUACGUUGCCUACGUCCUCUUCCGUGGUUCCUACCAGUUCCUGGUGCCCAUCGCCAUCUUCCACAUUGCUACCUCCCUCUCCAAAGAGCUCUGUGCUCUGGUCUUUGGGGUCAACACCUUCUUUGCCACCGUGCUGAAGACCAUCAUCACCAUCAUUGUGGCCGACAACAGGGGCUUGGGCUUGUCUGUGCAUCCCCAGUUUUACGUGUACUUUGGCUACUUCCCCCCGCUGCCCAGGGAGGUGGCCCUGGCCAAGGAGCCAUGCCAGCUCCCUGCCAAGGUGCCAGUGCAGGAGAAGAGCCCAGAGGCAGAUGCUGUGUGA